AAAAACAAAAAGGUGGUGGACUAUCCGAUUUCAUAGUUUGAUGUAUAUAUAAGGAAGCCCUAGAACCAAAGGAGGAGUUGUGUGUGUGAUUUGUUAAAAAGGUGUUCACAGAAUGAAGGCGACGGCUGAAUACGCGACGGCUAACGUAGCGGUGUGGUGGGACAUGAAGGACUGUCCGAUUCCGGAGGGUUACGAGGCUGGUCAGGUCCGAUCGAGUUUAGAAGCAGCGUUCAAGGAACAAGGCUACUCUGGCCCUGUCUCCAUCACUGCCUAUGGCGACCAAACACAAACCCCUGAUCACAUACUGAAAGGGCUCUUAACCACUGGAGUCUCUGUAGCACAUACCAAAUCCGAGAGCACAUCCUACUUCAUGUAUGAGGAUUUGGUGAAAUGGCGACGUCUGAAUCCUCCUCCUGCUACAAUGAUGAUCAUAUCAGAUCAGGUGGGAGAUAAAUUCACCUGGGAUCUGAUCCGGCUACAGCAACGGACGCUAUACAAGCUUUUUCUGGCUUAUUCAGUUAAGCCAGAAUAUAUGGUUCUCUUCAUUAGUGAACAGUGGUGCUGGAAAAAAUUACUAAGCAGCUCACCACCUGCUGCUGGUGUUCAGGCUGGUGCCAAGUGUUAUUGCAAAUCGUGCAAUUACGAUAGUGAAUACCUGAAUAAUUUCAAGAAGCAUCUCUCGAGUUACAGUCAUUCACGGGAAGAGUAUGUGAACCCUACGGACCACAAACUCGUACGUUACACGGAGGAUUGGGGAAGAAACUACAAGGCGACGCCUGAAUUUGCCACAGCUAAAAUACAGGUGUGGUGGGACUUGUUUGACUGUCCGAUACCCCAAGGUUAUGAUGCUCGUCAGGUCCGUCCGAGUAUAGAAGCGGCAGUCAAGGAACUUGGCUACUAUGGUCCUGUCUCCAUCACUUCCUAUGGCGACCAUAAACAUACUCCCCUACAAGCUCUACAAGCUCUCUCUUCCACUGGUGUCGAUAUUGCACAUACCGUUAGCGAUGUCACAUACUCGCGAAUGUUUUCCGAUAUGUUGGAAUGGCAUCGUAAUAAUCCUCCUCAAACAGCUGCUAUAAUCAUGCUCAUAUCGGAUAAUGUGGAGAUCUUGGAUUGUGGUCUUGUCUCUCUACUACAAGAGAAUAAUUACAACUUUUUUCUGGCUUAUUCGUUUAGGUCUUACAAAAUGUCAUACCUGCUCACUUCUGCUGAGUGGCUCUGGGAAAGCAUACUUUCAGGGGAAAAAAGACUACUUCAGAACUGCAGCAGCAGUGGAAGUGGGAACGAUCAAUCUACUGUUGGGAUUCUCUUUAAGAUAACUUGAUUACUAGGUUAAGAGUAACCAGAGUGUUGCAUCCUUGAGACUUUUCAAGAGAUUGUUUUAAGUGCUUAAGGUUUUGAGAAGUUUCUUUAAGAUUAAUAAAGAGAGUCUUUGUUAUAUUGCAAUCGUUUAAAAGAGAUCCUUAAAAGGGAGAUUAAUUUUACCGGCAAAAGUUUCUCCUGAUAACUUCCAAUGCAGC